CAUGGUUGAAAUAGUUUUGUUGACAAAAUGGAUGAAUUUAAAGCCUAUAACCUGGACUACUUUCCAGAAAACAUUUUAAUUGACGUGUUGUCGUAUUUGAGCGUACGAGAGCUCGUUAGAGCUGGAAGAGUGUCUAAGAGAUGGAAACGGCUCGUGAAAGACCAAAGGCUGUGGAGGUUUGUCGAUCUGACUGCAUGGAAAGGGGUGACGUCCCGCAUACUUUGGUUCCUGCUGCGUCAGUACCUGGGUUGUGGACUAAGAUGCCUACGGUUGCGUGGUUUGCUGCUUUCUGCCAGAGGUGGCACCUUUCUCUCAGAGUCUUGGCUCAAAGCUUUGUCCACAAAGUGCCCUCGUCUGAGUAAACUCUAUCUUUUGCACGCAGACUUGCGAAGCCUUCCCAGUUACCAGCUCCUACCCACGUCUUUGCAGGUGCUGGAGCUGCAUGGCUGUGAGCUGCCUCGUGAAUUUUUCAACCAGACUCCCAAUUCACCUGCUCGUUCCCAAGAAAGAGCAGAAGCCACAUCCAGUGUUGGUACUCAAACGCAAGGAAUACAUCGAAAAGGGCAUGGCUCUCCAUUAGGGAUUGGUAUUACGAGGCUAGUCCUUAACAAUGUGCCCUCUUUCACGGACCAGCAUCUGCAAAGUCUGACAUCAUGGGAGAGGCUCAGUCGAUUAGAGCUGCGUGACACAUUUCGUGUCACUGCUAAUGGGCUCAGGAACUGUGCUGCCAAGGACGGCGCUUGUGGGCUGGAAGGCCUUUCCAGACUCAAGUUUCUGGAAAUAGGCAUCACUGGACGGCAAGGUUACCAGUUACAGAUGGCCUCUCUCGGGCUCGGUUCAGGAUGGAUCGGACUGGAGGAACUGAGCCUGGGGGGUAAAGAGGUUGGACCAGGCUUGCUCUGUGCCAGCCGCCUGAAGGAUCUGAAGGGCCUGUGCCUCUGGGCCUGCACGCUCAGCGAGAUGCAGAUAGUGCGUAGCUGCAGGAUGCUCCGUGGGCUCAGCCAGAUGGAGUUUUUGGAUGUGACCUUCCAGCCUAGGCAGUGUCCACCAGUGGUGGAGGGGGAGGGUGGUGGUAGUGGAGAGGAGCAGGACAAUGAGGAAGCUGCAGGUGUUGAUAACGGCAAUGAUGAGAACACACGAGACAUGAACGAUCCCAUUCCAAGUUUGCGUCGCUCUCUGGCUGUCCUGCUGCCAUCUUGCACACUAGUUUUCACCAACUGCUCUGUUCAGAUCAGUGCAGACUAAAUGAGGUCUUACGUAGUGUUCUGAAGAAAAUUAAAGACUUUUUAUUAUUGUAAUUAUACACAGCCCACAUGGUUACAAGAUAUCAGAGAUUCUUCUGAGCCAGCUUCAGAUGUGAAUCAGAUAUUCAGACCUUCAAGUCAACAACAUGUUUUUAAAUCACAUAUAAUGGAGAAAUUGGAGUGAACUCUAAUGAAAUAAGCCACCUUGACCGCUUUUUCCUUGUUCGCCUUUUCUGGCUUUUAGGAAAAAUGUCCUCAAUGUUAUUUAUAUUCCGCCAACCUAAACAGUCAGAGCAGGAAAUGUGUUUUCAACAGUGCUCUUAAAUAUGUUUCGCUUCUCAAAAAAGCUUAAUGUUACUUGAGUUUUGACGGGAUAUUUAAAAACAUAUCUUCAACCUUGACUAAAAGCCUACUUUUAAUGGUGCUAUAUAUUGUGUUAUAGUAAAUUGUUACUCCUUUUUAUGGAUGAAAUAACCAGGCAAGAUGUCUAUUGGCUAUUUCAGCAAAUGCAAAAUACUAUAAUACAAAAUGAAGGUAUUUCAUAAAAAAUCGAGUCACAAAGCAAUCUUGCUCUUGGAUUUGCAACAUUGCCUCAGAUGUUACAUAUUAAAGUUAGACCUACAACAUGACAGACGGUUUGAAAAGAUCUCUGAAUCUACACAAAUUCAUAUUGUCUCACGGUUUCUAUUUCAACCUUAUGAUUGAUCAGUGGGCAGUAUCGCGUCAAAAUUUGUUGCUUAUACAGAAACAAAAAUUAACAAAUUUUUCAACGUACUAUUUAAAACUGUCACAAUAAAAAUAAACUAACGGUCACAGCUAGACUGUGAAGACACAAGCAGGUUUCAGUUGUAAAGGUAGAGAACUGAAGCAUGCUGCUGGCAAUGAUGCACCUUUUUCCUGUUCCUUCACUCCUUUUUUGUAUUUUGUGCAAUGUUCAGAAAAUAUGUAUCUGUUUACAAGCAGGUGCUUGACUUUGGUGUUUCUUAAAAAUAGCACAGCAUAUUUCAAUUCAUCUGUCAAUUGACAAUUCUUACUUACAUUGUAGUUGGAAAUGUCUUGUUUAUUGUAUUAAUUACACGGAAUAUCUGUGUCAUUGAUGUGAAUUGUAUUGCAGCAAGCCAACCAUUAUAAUUGUAGCCUUCUUAAUAAUUAUAAAGGAGUUUUGAAUAAACCUAUUUUGAACAAAAACAA